AUGGCCCCAUUCAUCAUGCCAGCAGACCUCAACCUCGAAUAUCCAGCCCUCCAUGACCAGUCUACGGAGAUGGGAGCGAACAUCGCGCUCUCACAGGUCCAGCUGCAGAAUUUUGAGACACAACGCAUCUGGGAAACCCAUCACGAACCUUUCAGUAAAUCUUGGUGGGGGACCUUCUGCCAACAAGGAGCUUGUCUCUUUAACCAACCGCCCGCAUUCGAUUUGUACCACAGACGGGGACGACGCGAAGCAUGGCACAAGCGGGUGAUUAAGACACGAAAGAUGGAUGACUACUUAUCCUUGGUUAUGGACUGGAGUGGACACGCUACGAGUCUUCUGUCCCUCCCCCCAUUCGUCGCUAUUACACAGCGGUAUGUGCGCUUCGAAAACAUGUGGCCUGAUGCCAACAUGGAUUCCAUCAAGCUUGCUGAAUACAGGUCCCCGGUCGAGCUUGUGCCAUCAUCAGACGAGGAGCUCGACAUGACUGCCGACGAGAGCAGCUUGGAGUUCUCCUACGAUGAUCUGUUCGCGUUCGACCGCUACUAUGACGAAGGAGUUGAGAAUGAUGAACAGCACCGCGACGACAACGCAGAGUUGGGCGUCGCAGAGGGACACCAUAUGACACAGAUGGUGGACGCAGAAAUGAUGGAAGCCCCCAUACUCACCCCCGUGCUUUGCCACUCCAGUCGUGGCACUGACAUCCUUGAGGUUCCAGGUGUGCGCAGCUCAUCUCCAACCGCGCAGAACCGCGAACCACCAUCAUGUUCCCGACCUGUCAUGGCAGACGUCGAUCCCCAUGCAGCGCCAACCCAGAACAAGCUCGAGACCUUUCUCCCACCAGCACCGACGACUCGAAACCUCGUCUCCUCACAGCCAGACCAACAAUCAAACAGGACCAGUACGUAUACUCAUGCCCUCUCCGGCUCCCAUAUCGCAUCAGGAACUGAGAGCGCCCAGUCACUGCAGCACGGGACUCUGUCGGAAGCUUCUGAAGCUCAAGAGGGCCCUCUUUUCUGUGUGCCAAUGCUGCGACAGACAUCGAAGUGCCGCGCGGCGAAGUCCAAGUUUCAUCCCCUUUGUGAGGCACUUUUGCUCACGUGCGAGAACGGGGAUGGUGCCACGAUUGACGAUCGUGUGAUUUAUCGAGAGAUGCUCGAGCAUCCGGGUGGGAUUCUGAAGGGUGUCUAG